AUGUCUACCCCCACCGCCACACUCUCCCAUGAGGAGCUCAAGACACUCUGGGCCUACAUCAAGAUCACUGAGAACAAGCCGCGCAACAAAGACCUGGCCGCCGCUCUCAACGUCAGCCAAUCCUCCUCCUGCACUCGUUUCAAGCACGUCACCGAGAAGCUCGAUGCCAUGUUCCCUGAGUUCAAUCUUCCUGGUGCCGCUGACGCCGAGGCUGCUCCCGCUGCUCCGAAGCGCAAGCGUGUUCCUAAGGCUGGUGACAAAGCUGGUCGUGCCGCCAAGAAGGGUAAGCUUGAUGCUCCCAUCAAGGCCGAGGAUAGUGAGCUCGACGUUCCCGCCAAGGCCGAGGAUAGUGGUUACGCUGAGGUCAACGGCGAGGCUGCAGAGGAGGACCGCGAGUAG